AGGUGAGGUCACACGGGUAGCGUCCUGAAAUUCUCAGUGUGUUGUACAAUUUACUAUCUGUUAGAAACAUAUGUAAAGUUAUCUAAAAUGGUACAAUGAAUGCUACUUUACAAUAUAUUUGACUAUAGAGAAUCGAGUUAACAGAUUAAACGUGCAAUUGGAGCGGACUCUUAAAGACAUUUCAGCAUGUCGUACGAUGGGUUUGGAUUUGUGGUGGAUUCCUGUCCUUUAAGUCAGGAGAAGACAACUGAGGCGGCUACCAGACUGGGGUGUGGUGAAGAUGAGAACGGACGGAGCCGUUAUGUUUGUGUUCCAAAUAAAAACCUCACAGCUUUAUUAGAGUUCUGUUUUACGAAAACAAUUGUUGGAAUCUACGAGAAAGGUCAUUGUCUGAGAUCGAUAGGGAAUGGAUUUCUAGACCAGAUUAGCUGUAGUGGCUUUACAGAGGGAUGUCCAGAUCAGUAUUUCAGAAGCACAGACCUGUACAAAUAUCCAGCUUGUCUUCAUCUUAACCCAGAAGAAAGAUGUUUUAUUGCAGAGAGAUCAUGCAAUGCGUCGAAAAUAGUAGAAACAUCGACAAAUAUACUGGGAGUCUUGAAUAUGACAACUGAUUUCACUAGUUCUUUCAAUACCACAAGAACGGCUGUACACGACGAAUAUCUAAACGUAGGAGUAUUAGCUGGAAUUGGAGCCACGGUUUCUCUUCUCUUCCUUAUUGUCUUAGCCUGUGUCAUUUUUAGAUGCCGACGAAAACAAGGAUUAAAAAGGAAAAGUGUUUUUCGGUCUACUGCAAACUUUGAGAUGGAAUCUUUGCUCGAUCUGGGUAAGAAGUUCAUAUCACAGUACAUUGUAUAAAUAAAAAUAAGAUCAAGUGAUGAAGAAGGCACAAAACUAUUUGUAUCUAGAUACAUUCGAUUCAAUGAUAUGAAAAAGCCUGGACUUUAAUUUAUCGUGGGGAAUUGUUGUGUAUAAAUUAA